ACAGUGCGGCCCGAACGGAGGCCGCGGCGCCGCCCUCCGGUCCUGAGGAGCCCGAGCUGCCCGGAGCCCGCACCGCCUCCUUACCCGCGCCGAAGUCAACCGGCCAGACCCGGCCCGGCCACACUGGGCGCUGCGCAAGCAGGCAGCACUAGCCCCUCUGAGCGCAGGACCCCCUCCCCAAGGACAUGAAGCUGUUGGAGAACUCGAGCUUCGAAGCCAUCAACUCGCAGCUGACAGUGGAGACUGGAGACGCCCACAUCAUUGGCAGGAUCGAGAGCUACUCGUGUAAGAUGGCGGGAGACGACAAGCACAUGUUUAAGCAGUUCUGCCAGGAGGGCCAGCCCCACGUGCUGGAGGCGCUGUCUCCACCCCAGACGUCGGGCCUCAGCCCCAGCAGACUGAGCAAGAGCCAAGGUGGUGAGGAUGAGGGCCCGCUGAGCGACAAGUGCAGCCGCAAGACGCUCUUCUACCUGAUUGCCACGCUCAACGAGUCCUUCCGGCCUGACUAUGACUUCAGCACAGCCCGAAGCCAUGAGUUCAGCAGGGAACCCAGCCUCAGCUGGGUGGUGAACGCAGUCAACUGCAGCCUGUUUUCGGCCGUACGGGAGGACUUCAAGGCCCUGAAGCCGCAGCUCUGGAACGCAGUAGAUGAGGAGAUCUGCCUGUCCGAGUGUGACAUCUACAGUUACAACCCGGAUUUGGACUCAGACCCCUUUGGGGAGGAUGGCAGCCUCUGGUCCUUCAACUACUUCUUCUACAACAAGCGGCUGAAGCGGGUCGUGUUCUUCAGCUGCCGGUCCAUCAGCGGAUCCACGUAUACUCCCUCGGAGGCCGGCAACGAGCUAGACAUGGAGCUGGGCGAGGAGGAGGAGGAAGAGGAGGAGGAGGAAGAAGAGAGCGGAAGUGGAGGCAGUGAGGGCGGACCCGAGGAGACCAGCGCCAUGGAGGAGGACAGGGUCCCGGUGAUCUGUAUGUGAGGACGAGGAGCAGAGGCCCCAGCUUCGUUCAGCUUCAGCCAGUGCCUGGAACCCUCACCUGAGGGUGCCCCAAGGCCUCCCCAGCUGGUGGUCAUCCCCGGGGCUUGCCAAGGCUGCAGCGCCGCCCGAGGCCACGCCCACCUAGCCCUUUGGCUCCCGCCUGCAGACGUCUGCUCACCCCCACGGGCUCCAGCUGCCCAUGUUGUGGUCGGGCUGGACAGCACAGGGCCUGGUGGGAAGAGCCACUGCCCUGCCCCGACGAACUGACACAGGCAGGGACAGCUGGACUACAGAGUUUAUUUUUGUAUUUCGUGCCGGAUCAGGCCUGGGCCUGCACACUCCAGCCCAAAGGGCCCGAGACCCAGUAAGCGGGCCCCUGCGGUCACCACGCCGGGCUUGGCCAGCCCCUGACGCCCACCUGUACCACCCUCCCCCCGUACCCUGCCCGUUGGGCAGCGUGCACUGAGUGUCACUUUGCUGCAGCUGGUUUGUUUCCAAUAAAAAAUUUCUGUGAUUUA